AUGGAUCGCCCCAAGGCUUCAGCCGACUCCGUCACUGUCAAGCCGGAGCAGCAGUCCCCUCCUAUAAACUCCACCAGCGCCAACGCCAAUGGCAACUCCUCCGCCCGCACCCCGGACCUCUCUCUCGUCACGUCCCUCUCGCCGAGCCAGAGCCAGAAUGGCCAGACCAACGGGCCCCAGAGUGCGUCCCCACUCAACGAGCAGCGUGCUUCCAAGAUAGCCGCCUGCCUGUCCUGUCGCAGGAGCAAGGUUCGCUGCGAGAAGGGCGUCGACCCCGUCCGCUGCCGCCGCUGCGCACAGACCGGCUCCGAAUGUGUUCGCCCGACCUUCAACGUUGGGAGGAGGAAAGGUGUCAAGAACAAACGCAAGGGCCUGGAGAAGGCCCUCUUCCAGGUAGAGGAGGCUAUCCGAAGAGCAGGGCCCGGCGUGCAAGGUGCCGACGCAGGCAAGGCUAUCAAUGAACUCAAGGCCAUGAUAGCAGCUGGCCAGGGUGCCCACCUGAACAGCUCCGGGGACAGCAACAAGCGGCCUCGUCUCAGCACCGCAGCCUCUAGCGAGCUGCAGGACUCCUCGUCCGAGGAAGAGGAAAGCCCCAGGCCGCGCAAGGACUCCCACCGCCGCCGCACGUCGACCUUCUCUCAUCACCAGGUGAAGCCCGAGGAGCGGCUCGCCGUCGACGAUGCGGAGAAUCCACUGCAGUUGCUGGCCAGGGCGUCCAAUCUGCAUUUAUCCCCCGUUUCUAGUCACAGCCAGUCUCCCGGGACAGCGGCCUCACAGGCCCCGGCGAGCGUUGUCGUCGAGGAGAACGACCCCGAGAUGAGAUACGUCGAGAGCUUCUUCGGGACAGUCCACUUCAAUGUCGACCGCGGGGAAGGCUACGAUCCAAUCGAAUUGGGCCUGGUGACGGAGGAUGAGGCCGAGAGGCUCUUCGACUUUUUCCAUAGGAAUCUUGCCCACACGCGCUGGGGUCUAGAUCCUGUCAUCUACACCGUACCAUGGACACGGUCUCGUUCCUCGUUCCUCUUUACGUCCAUCAUGGCUGCCGCCGCCUUGUUCAUCGAGUCUGCCGGCGCUUUGUCGAAGCGACUGUCUAAUCAUUGUAGGUGGCUCACGAAUAAGGUCAUCGAGAAACGGCACAGGUCCACAGAGAUCGUUCUGGCUUUCAUGAUCAACGUCCCUUGGAUGGGCCCAGGCGUACACAGCACCGACGACGAGACAUGCUGGUACGUCUCAUUGGCAACAACUAUUGCCAUAGAUCUACAGAAUUCCAAGGUUUCAAUGCCAAUGGAGGCAUUUAAGAACGGCGUCUCCGGAGACCUGGCGAGGCAGGACUGCAUGGAUCCGGAGCUUGCCCUGAGGCUAGGCGGCUUCAAGAGCAGCACGGUCGACAAAUUCUUUGAGCAGUGGCACCUUGAGUGGGAACACCGCCUGCCUCCCUACGUGGAGGUGCUUGUAACGCACACCCGGCUUUCCAUCUAUAGCAGCGUCAUAAACCACCCUACCGCACCACUCGAAGUGCGCCACUUCUUUAGGACGGCCGGCCUCUCGGCAGCUUUGAACGUGAUGCGUGCUGCGGUCCAGGGCGAGUCUCAGCUUUUCUCGAUGCCCAACAACACCGCCAUAAUGGUGUCGUUCGCAGCUUGUUUCGCCCUAAAGCUGAGCACACAAAUGUCAGGAGGGAAUAGCAACAGUGUACUCGCGCCAAGCGUGAGGACACUGAUCGAGGAGACAGCCGACAUGAUGGAGAAGAUCGGAAACAUCACAAAGCACCGACAGGGUAUGGGGCGGCUUUACGGAAGGUACCUGAGGCUCCUGGUAAAGAAAGAAGCCAGUGCUGUAGAGACCGCAGGUCCUUCGCGUCACGGACAGGGUACACCACGGCCAGCGGCAGCAUACACCGAAUCUGCACGCCAAGCAGCGGGCGGCGUUGCGUUUUCGCACCAGUCCAACACACGGACGGGAUCGGGGGCCAGCAUGAACCAGGGCGCAUUUGCCAUCCCCCAGCCACCGUCAGCGGGCCUAACCGCGGCAUAUGACACGCCGGGUUGGUCGUCGCACCCGUCAGACCUGUUCCAAUUCUCGGCUAUGAGCGAUGAUCAAAUCGUGGAGGCGCUCAACAGGACGGGGGGCGAGUUCGACCCAAGUGGGUUCGGCAGUGGCAUGGGCGGGAUUGGGGCAAACGGCGGCGGGAGUGGGUUCACCUGGGAGGAUGCGACCAACUUCGAUUAUAUGUUGAACUGGAACAACCUGCCAGACUAUGGGCUCUAA